CACAUCUUCAAUUGCUGUUCUGUCUACCUUACAUACUGCUGGUGUAUCUUCUUGCUGGCAUCCUCACAGUGACACUCACCCAAGACCGAGACCCUCUCUCGAAAUUCCCCGUCUCCUCCGUUACGUUCUUUCUGCAAUCAUCGGUCGCCGCAAUCGAAACCGUACCUGGAAGCCGCUCCAUGAGCGUCCCUUCAAAAUGGGUAAUGAGUCGUCUACUCCGGUAGACGAAUCGACACGUCCAACCACACUCUAUGCGCGAAACAUUGAAGCCGUGGCCAGAUAUAUCAAGGAGAGGAACGUCAAGAAUAUUGUGGUCAUGACCGGAGCCGGCAUAAGUACGAGCGCAGGCAUACCUGACUUCCGUUCUCCUGAUACGGGCCUCUACUCCAAUCUCGCUCGUCUAAAUCUGCCCUACGCUGAGGCUGUCUUUGACAUCUCCUACUUCCGCACCAAUCCAUACCCAUUCUAUACUCUCGCGCAUGAACUGUACCCUGGUAAAUACCGGCCGACCAUCACACACUCCUUCAUCAGCCUGUUGCACAAGAAGGGAAAACUUCUCAAGCUAUUCACACAAAACAUAGAUUGUCUGGAGCGGGAAGCUGGGGUUCCAGGAGACUUCAUCGUGGAGGCUCAUGGUUCCUUCGCCACGCAAAGGUGCAUUGAUUGUCGCACAGAAUACCCAGAUGACCUGAUGAAAGAGAUAAUUGGUAAGAAGGAGGUUCCGCACUGUAUCAACAAGUCCUGUGGUGGUCUCGUCAAGCCCGACAUCGUUUUCUUUGGCGAGCAACUGCCCGAGGCCUUUUUCCGCAGCCGCAGUCUCCCAGCAAAGGCUGAUCUGGCCAUCAUCAUGGGCACAAGUCUGACGGUCCAGCCAUUCGCCAGCCUACCUGCGUUUGUCAGUGAAAACACUCCUCGAGUUCUCAUCAAUCUGGAGAAAGUAGGUGGCCUUGGCUCGCGACCAGAUGAUGUGCUGAUCCUCGGCGACUGCGAUGCAGGGGUCAGAAGAUUCGCAGAUGCUCUUGGCUGGCGGGAGGAGCUUGAGGAACUGUGGGAGAGGACGAACCCAUCGAAAGGCCGAGAGGUGCCACAGGAGCCACAGGAGCCAAAGAGCCGUCAAGAGAUACUGGACGAUGAAAUCGAGAAGCUGACCAAGGACAUUGAUGCAUCGCUAAAAUUGACCGGUGAGGCCAACGACAGAAUGAGAUCUGAUCUGGAGAAGAGCAACUUAUCUAGCCAUACGAGUACAACUCCGCCGCCGUCAACAAGCGAAGGCGAAGGCCGCCUGGCCGAGUCGAGCUCGUCCAACGAAGAGCCCAAUCUUCGCCACGUAUUUCCACACCUGCAUCAGGGAAAGGCAAAGCCAUCUCUGUGACGGAGUGGCGAGUUCCCUCCAUCUCAACAAAGUAUGUCUGGGAUGAGCACAUGCCGUGUCGCAACUUGAGAAUUUUUUCCUGCGCUCUGGAACAUGCAUGAUAAGUACAUAUACGAGUCCGGAGUAUAUCUCCUUGGAUGGAUAUCUUCGGCGCAUGUGUCAAUAUGUUCGCACGGAGCAAUUUCCAGGAGUUGUCAAAGAGUUCAGCGAUGUCCGUAGCGUCUGGAGUUCGGAGAACACGUAGGGAUCAACUCAUCCAGGCAGUACUCCGUAGAUAUACGGACAACCCGUGUUCAUACACACCACACCGAUGCAGUUUUCAAAACCUAUUGUCAAAUUGACUCUACGACAAUCCCAGCUAGCUCCGUUGUGACAGUGUUCUCGCCUAGUCCUUUUUCUCGGACACUCAACGGGGCAGAUGUUCGGCUGAAUUGAGAGUGUGAGCC